AUGGCCUCCUCUACCUCAGCGACCAAGAUCAAGGUCAAGAACCCCGUCGUUGAGCUCGAUGGCGACGAAAUGACCCGCAUAAUCUGGCAAGAUAUCAAGGACAAAUUCAUCCAUCCAUACUUGGACAUUGAUCUGAAGUACUAUGACCUGGGCCUGCCGUACAGAGAUGAGACGGACGACAAAGUCACCGUGGAAGCCGCCGAAGCGAUCAAGAAGUACAGUGUGGGCGUCAAGUGUGCGACCAUCACGCCUGACGAGGCAAGAGUCGAAGAGUUCAAGCUCAAGAAGAUGUGGCUCUCUCCCAACGGCACAAUCCGCAACAUCCUAGGCGGCACAGUCUUUCGCGAACCCAUCGUCAUCCCACGCAUCCCCCGUUUGGUGCCUGGCUGGGAACACCCCAUCAUCAUCGGCCGUCAUGCCUUCGGUGACCAGUACCGGGCCAAGGACACCGUGAUCCGCGAGGCUGGCACACUGGAAAUGGUCUUUACGCCGAAAAGUGGCGGUUCUCCUCAGAAAAUAAAGGUGUUUGAUUUCGGCGAGACCGGCGGCGUGGCGCAGACGCAAUAUAACACAGAGGACUCGAUUCGGGGCUUUGCGCACGCGAGUUUCAAGUUCGCCCUCGACAGGGGAUACCCCUUGUACAUGUCGACGAAGAACACGAUCCUAAAGGCCUACGACGGGCGGUUCAAGGACAUCUUCCAAGAGAUCUACGAGAGCGACUACGCCAAGGAAUUCGAGUCCAAGAAGAUCUGGUACGAGCACCGACUCAUCGACGAUAUGGUCGCGCAAAUGAUCAAGAGCGAGGGCGGCUUCGUCAUCGCCAUGAAGAAUUACGACGGCGACGUCCAAUCGGACAUUGUGGCCCAAGGAUUUGGAUCUCUAGGCCUUAUGACCAGCCAGCUGAUCACGCCGGAUGGAUUGACCUAUGAGAGCGAAGCCGCCCAUGGGACGGUAACCCGCCAUUACCGGGAACAUCAGAAGGGCCGUGAGACAUCCACCAACCCGAUUGCCAGUAUCUUCGCGUGGACUCGCGGACUGGUCAAACGCGGCCAGCUCGACGAGACGCCCGAACUGGUCACCUGGGCGGAGAAUCUCGAAAAGGCCGUCGUGCAGACGGUCAACGACGACGGCAUCAUGACCAAAGAUCUCGCGCUGGCGUGUGGGAGAAAGGAUCGGGAAGCGUGGGUUACCACCAGCCAAUUCAUGGAGGCGAUUGAGAAGCGAUUCAAGAAGAAUCUCGAGAGUGAAGGGCUCGAGGGGGUCGCGAAGGCAAAGGAGUAA